AUGGCUUCCGUUGAUGUUGAAUUAGGAGUUACUCCAGAAACCACAUACUCUAUUGCUGGAAAGCAGUUGAAAUUUAACUCCGAAGAGGAUAUUGCCCCUUAUAUUAAGGAAUUGACUGAGAAGAAGCAUGUCACCAAAAUUGACUUCUCAGGUAACACUAUUGGUAUUGAAGCAUCAAAAGCUUUAAGUGAAGCAUUAUUGAAACACAAAGAUACUAUUGUUGAAAUCAACUUUUCUGAUUUAUAUACUGGUAGAUUAAAUACCGAAAUUCCACAAUCAUUAGAAUACUUGUUACCAGCUUUGUUAAAGUUGCCAAACUUGAAAUUAAUCAACUUGAGUGAUAAUGCAUUUGGUUUGCAAACCAUUGAUCCAAUCGAAGCUUACUUGGCCAAGGCUAUCUCAAUAGAACAUUUGAUUUUGUCAAAUAACGGUAUGGGACCAUUUGCUGGCUCAAGAAUCGGUGGUUCUUUGUUUAAAUUAGCUCAAGCUAAAAAUAGUGCUGGAAAACCAUCUUUGAAAACAUUCAUCUGUGGAAGAAAUAGAUUAGAAAAUGGGUCAGUGAAUUAUUUAUCUAUUGGUUUAAGAAACCACAAAGAUUUGGAAAUCGUGAGAUUGUAUCAAAAUGGUAUCAGACCAGCCGGUAUUUCUAAAUUGGUUUCCAAAGGUUUAUCAAGAAACAAGAAUUUGAAAGUUCUUGACUUGCAAGACAAUACCAUCACCACUAGAGGGGCCGUUCAUAUUGCUGAAUCCUUAUCCAACUGGCCGGAGUUGGUUGAAUUGAAUCUUAAUGAUUCAUUGUUGAAAAACAAAGGGUCUUUGAAAUUAGUUGAAGCUUUCCACACCGGUGAUGAAAAGUCCAAAUUGCUUACUUUGAAAUUACAGUAUAAUGAAUUGGAAACUGACAGUUUGAGAGUUUUAGCUGAUGCCAUUGCAAGCAAGUUGCCAAACUUGAAAUUCUUGGAAUUAAACGGUAACAGAUUUGAAGAAGAUUCAGAACAUAUUGAUAAAAUUAACGAAGUAUUUGAAACCAGAGGAUUUGGUGAACUUGACGAAUUGGACGAAUUGGAAGAACUUGAUAGUGAUGAAGAAGAAGACGAAGAAGAUGAAGAAGGUAAUGAAGAUACUUUGGAAGAAGACCUCGACUUAGAUGAAUUGGAAGAAGAAUUGGCUGGUGUUUCAUUGGAAUCCAAAGACUCCAAAGUUGACGAUAUCGCUGACGAAUUAUCUAAAACCCACAUUAAAUAG